CUCAAAAUCGUGAUCAAGAUUGUGAUAACAUCCAUUUUUUCAAGGUUAUUCUUGAAGGUACCCUUCGAGAUGGAAAAAUGAUGAUUCCUAGGAGUUUUGUGAAGCGAUAUGGGGAAGAGUUAUUAAACCCAGUAAUGCUGAAGCUCCCAAAUGGUGCUAAAUGGGAAGUACAUUGGACAAAAUGUGACCAUGAUGAUAUUUACUUUGAGAAAGGUUGGGAAAAUUUCGCAAAACACUAUUCCCUUAGUAAUGGGCACUUCUUAGUUUUUAGAUAUGAAGGAGGAUCUCAAUUUCAAGUUCUUAUAUUUGAUGGGAGUGCUUUGGAAAUAGACUAUCCAACAAGUAACAGUAGCACACAUCAUGCUGAAGGGACCAACACAUCUCAUGAAGAUGUUGAAGAGAUUGAUGAUGACUCUCCAUUACCUAGAAAACAGAAAGCCAAUCCAGGGGCUAGGAGAGGAAGGUGGGUGAAUGGUAAAAUUGGGUCAAGAAAUGAAUGUAACAGAUACAGGAGAAAGAAGAAGGCACAUGAAGGCAAUGAAGGAAACAAAGCUUCAGAGAGAGCCAAUAUGUUCAAAUCUAAUCAUCCCUUUUUCACUCGUCAUUUGUUUCAAUCAUACAUCCAACAUUACUUGGUUCUACCAACAACUUUUUCCAGAAAAUAUAUGAAAGGGUUGGAAGAAGGGAGUGCAAGCCUUGUGGUUCGUGAGGGCAUGAACAAAACAUGGCGAGUUAGGUUAAAGUACAGUGAAACCAACAACAGAAUCUCUAUUAAUACCGGUUGGAUAUCAAUUGUCCAGGAAUACAAUUUAAAACAGGGUGAUGUUUGUGCAUUUGAGAUGACUCAUUCUCAUGACACAGAUUUUGCAUUCAAUGUUACUAUUUUUCGAAACACCUAAGUAUCAAGCUCGGAGCAAUUUCAAGAUUUUGAAAGUCCCAGUAUGAGAAGGGGAGAAUAAAUUCAAGGAUUUCGUCAAAGAAUUCACUAGAAGAAGACUUCUUUGAGAGAAUCAAGUGGAAUGUUGAUAACAUCGAUAUAUAUAUUAGUUAUGUUAUAAUAUAUAUUAUCCAUAUUGUGCUUAUGAUAUG